AAAAGAAAAUUUCUUCAUCUGUCAAAAAAAUCCCGUGUCUGCAACCCUGAGUCAAUCCCUGACAUGGAAAUCACCACCUGGCCAAGGAAGAGGGAACACCGUAAAAUAAGCCCAGGCAACUGCUCCAUUGAAGGUGACACGAAGCAAAAAUGCUCCCCAGGAGCAGCUGAUGGUGGGACUUCCAGGAAACCAAGAAGAGGAGGAGACCCCACCUAUUGACAAGGUGGCAUCAGGAACAAAUGAAAAUGAAAAACCUGAGGGCCUGCUUGAUGAGCCUUCAAAUGUCAGAGAAGAUGAGGAGUUCCCAUCUAACUCCAAGGUGGACCCAGAAGCAAGAGAAAAUGCUCCUGAUGAGGGACUGUUGGAGGAACUUCUGCUUUCCAAAGAAGUAGAGGAAGCCCCAUACAAUUUCAAGGUGGCCCCAAGAAUAAACAAAAAUGGCCACCCCAUCACAGUUACUGCCCUCGUCCACUCUGAGGCCUACUUCACAGAUUCUGAAGACUCUGAAAGAGAGAACGACAACAUGCAUCAAUCUACACUGUUUCUAGAGGAGGAGUCACCUUGCAUAAAUACUCCCUUACAAGAAAGAAAACAAGAUACCAAAACAGAGAAAAAUGAGGAAGUGGAAAUGAAAAGCAACGUUAUUGAGGAGCUCAAUGGAGAGGCCAAUAUUGAGUGUGAACAUGGAAGCGGAGAUAAGGAAUCAAUGAUCAAAACAAGUGGAGAUCCUACCACUGAAAAUGGAGAUGCAGAGCUGGAGGCCUCAUCCUAACACACUAAGCAUCUGGGGAUCAUGUGGUGGUUGGAGGAUGGUACCAGACAUGACCCAAAAGAAACAGGCCACCUCAUGCUUAACGCCUUUUCUUCCUAUUCCCUAAUAAAUCAAUUUAAUGUCAGUUUAGUUUUUUAACUGUAUAAAUUUAAUUUUAGAAAUAAUAUUAUAUAUAAUGUUGGAUUUUAUUAUAUGAAACAUUAUUCUAUCCCACUACUACUAGUUGUUUUUCUUCGUAUUAAUGCAUAAAAGAAACACAGAUAAAAUGGCACUAUGAAGAAAGUUAGAUCUCAAUAAAUGAUUAUCAGGCUGCCUUCUAUGGCUACCACCAAGGACACUUCCAAUCUUACAGAACCCUCAUUUCCUCUUAGUUGAAUAAAUGAAGGCAAAUUUAGAACAAAGAAUCUGUCCUUAAGCCAAUAUCUUUCUAGACAUUUUGUUUACUGACAUCUGUUCCCUCAUUUGGAAGAGAUAUUGGUAACAAUAUUAAACAAGCUCUAUGAGCAUAACUUGGAUUUUAGUACCUAUUUUCCUUGCAAGUCAGUUUUUUUGGGGAAUAAAAGUCAUGACUCACAGUGCCUUUACACAAAAUAUAUUAACCCUGUUUUUCUGGCACAAAGUAUUAUUGUCAAAAACAUUGAUGAGAUUCUAAUGUUAUUUCCAUAAGCCUCUUGCUUCUUUCAGGAUGCACAAAGGAUUUUCCUCUUUCUUUAAAACCCAGUAAUUUUCUUAGAAUAUUUUAUGCCAUAAUCAUUUGGUGUCAUUUCUCAAUGUCCAUUUUAAAUAUGCAGCUUAAAGCAAUUUUUUACUUCCAGAAAAAGCCGAAUUAUAAUUUUUAAUAUUGUUUUCAUAUCCCUGCUUUGGGUUUCUCUUUUAGGCACUCCAGUGACUCAUAUAUUGGAUGGACUAGGCCUAUCUUCAACAGUUGGCAUUUCUUUUCAAUGUUUACAAUCUAUGUUAGAUAUCUUUAUUAUCAUUCCCUUCUUCACCUUCUGUUUCCUGAAGGCAUUAUCUCAUCACUGUGUUACUUUUCGUUUACAUUUAAUUCAUCAAGUUAUUUUUCGUUUUUUUCCCUUAUUCUUUCCUGAUAUCAGAACUUCAUAUUUUAAGGUAUUCUUAUGUGACUUAAGACAGACUUUCAUAUCUAGUUUCAUUUUCUGAAUGCCUUUGCCUUAUUUUUGAAAAUAUUCAUUACAGUAUAUACAAUAGUACAGGAUAAAGACUUUUCAGUUACUUCUAAUGGUGUUAAACUGCACUUUUUCCUUUUCCCCUAUAUUACUUUUACAUGGCAAUUCACAUGAAUAAUUUUCCUAUUCCUCAUUUUAUAUGAUUCUUUUUCUUGAUAUUGCAGGUAUUAGGAUUAUUCAGGAUACUUUCCCAAACUCACAGAGCUGUGUCUCUCUCCUGUUAUUUCUAGACAAUGCUAAAUCUAUGACAGCUUGCUCCUUGGUAUUUCCUGCUUCUGUGUUUCACCCACACUGAAGUAUGGGUCUUCACUGUCUCCAUUGCACCUGUCCUUUUCUUUGUUUCUCUAGGUUAUCAGGGAUUAUUUAAGGUCUUAUCUUGUAAGAGAACAACUACCACCAACUUGUCAAAAUGAAAUCAUUACUUUUAAAUGUGUAGGCAUUUUCAGAAUGAACUGACUUUAAAGAUAUUUUCAC